UCCAGCACCAGCACCAGCUCCAGCUCCAGCACCAGCUCCAGCCCCACUAACUACCAAGAACCCUCUAUCUCCCUGGCUGUUGGACUCGGCGUUGGAAUCCCCUUAUUCAUCAUCUUUGUCGUCAUCAUCGCUGUGAUGGGCGUAUGUCUCCACAGGAAACGCAACAGCAGAGGAGAUGUAUUGGUCAACGAAAAUGAUCCGUACAAUAUAAGACCAGCUUUCGGGAGUUGGACAUCUGCGUUUGGAAGUCGUGGUCGUCGUAGUUCGGACAACUAUGACGUCAUGCACGGGAUGUAUAAUAAAUACUACAACAACUGGGGCACCCCAGGCAACACAUCUAAGGGGACAACGCUAGGGGGCGCUUCCAACUUGAGGUUCUACCGGUCCACCAAGAAGAGUGGUCCAUUGGAGUUUACACCAAGCAUGACCAGAGCCGAAGCCCGUCCGACGCCGUCCUCGGCUGUGCAAGGGGAGGACGACCACAUCCCUGAUCGCGGGGCCAACUUUUCCUGGGACUUCCUGUACAAGACUCUUGAGCCCGAUGAAGAUUUCCGACUACAGAGGCCCGUGGUGUCACCAACCCAGUCCUCUCAGAUACCGUCUGGACAGAUGCCUGCAUCUAAUGUAUGAAUGUAGCAAGCACUACCAUCUUGUGUGACACAUGUAGCUCAACCACCAUGUGUAACCCGACGCCCGUAACACGUGUCACAUGUAGCUCAACCACCUUGUGUAACCAGACGCCCGUAACACGUGUCAGAUGUAGCUCAACCACCUUGUGUAACCAGACGCCUGUAACACGUGUCAGAUGUAGCUCAACCACUAUGUGUAACCAGACGCCCGUAACACGUGUCAGAUGUAGCUCAACCACUAUGUGUAACCAGACGCCCGUAACACGUGUCAGAUGUAGCUCAACCACCUUGUGCAACCAGACGCCUGUAACACAUAUCAGAUGUAGCUCAACCACUAUGUGUAACCAGACGCCCGUAACACGUGUCAGAUGUAGCUCAACCACCUUGUGUAACCAGACGCCCGUAACACGUGUCAGAUGUAGCUCAACCACUAUGUGUAACCAGACGCCCGUAACACGUGUCAGAUGUAGCUCAACCACCAUGUGUAACCAGACGCCCGUAACACAUAUCAGAUGUAGCUCAACCACCAUGUGUAACCAGACGCCCGUAACACGUGUCAGAUGUAGCUCAACCACCAUGUGUAACCAGACGCCUGUAACACAUAUCAGAUGUAGCUCAACCACUAUGUGUAACCAGACGCCCGUAACACGUGUCAGACGAGCUCAACCACCAUGUGUAACCAGACGCCCGUAACACGUGUCAGAUGUAGCUCAACCACCAUGUGUAACCCGACGCCCGUAACACGUGUCAGAUGUAGCUCAACUGCAAUGUGUAACCAGACGCCUGUAACACGUGUCAGAUGUA